AGGGUCACACUGAGCUGUUUGCUGCUUCAGGGGUGUAUUUAGGAGUCAGCACCAUGGCAGACAACAUCCACACCAAAAUCAAGAACUACAAGACUGCUCCUUUUGACAGCCGCUUCCCCAAUCAGAAGCAAACCAGGAACUGCUGGCAGAACUACCUGGACUAUCACCGCUGCCAGAAAGCAAGGACUGCAAAAGGAGGUGAUGUCUCUGUGUGUGAGUGGUACCGGCGAGUGUACAAGUCCCUCUGCCCCAUAUCCUGGGUCACAGCCUGGGACGAACACCAAGCUGUAGGCACAUUUCCUGGGAAGAUCUGAACUAGCUCCACCUGC